CACUUUCAUAUGACAUUCGAAUUUAUAUUCUAAACUCGUAUUACUCGUCUUCUAUUCAGUAGAUUGGUCUUGCCCUUAGCCUGGCGGAGAGAGACUGUAGUGGGUGAAGAAUACAGCUGGGGUUGUUGUUUUCACUGUUGAUCCAUUGUUAAUCCGUCAUGCCUGUUCAUCACAAUGUUAUGUGACAGGGUAGCAUCGUCAGAUUGUGAAGGCCUGAAGAAUUUAAACUGCCAAAGCCUUUUGCCUGACCUCAGCACCCACUACUAUAUACAGGUCUGAGAAAUCCCACCAUCUUGACGAAAUUUCACUUUACCUCACAGUAAAGCAAGAAGAUGCAGAAAUCUUUCCACGUUAUAGCAAGAUGCUAUGGAAGCAUGGCAUUGUUUCUAUCUCUGACUCACAAUGUCUUUCUUCUCUAUUAUGUUGAUAUGUUUGUUAACGUUUACAAGAUUGAUAAGUUGUCAUUCUGGGUUGGUGAGGUUACAUUUUUGGUCUGGAAUUCUAUAAAUGAUCCAUUAUUUGGAUGGUUGAGUGACAAACAUUUAAUCCAAAAGGAUAAAAGGGCAAUAGAUGGAGUAAAUGAUCAGCUAAAAAUCAUCAAUAAAAGAGUGAAUUCUCUACGUCUAUAUGGUCCAUUAUUUGCUUUUUCAUUUCUAUUAUUCUGGGUACAUUGGCUUCCCACUUUUCUACAAUUUGUUGUAUGUUUGUGUCUGUAUGAUGCUUUUUUAACUGCCGUUGAUCUUCAACACACUGCACUUCUAGCGGACUUAGCUGUACAAACUAAUGAAAGAAACACUUUGAAUAGAUAUUGUUCAAUAUUCAGUGCACUUGGUUCGUUCAGUGUCUUUGCUUCUUAUGCAGUUUGGAGCCAACAUAGCACCUUACCAUUCCAGAUAUUUUGUGUUGCUGUUGCAUGUUUUUCUGCUUCUGGAUUUUUUAUUUCUUCCAAAAUAUUGUCAAAAUCAUUACCAGAAACUGCAGAUUUUACCGAAAAAGACUUGCAAUCAAUUGUUCAGGUUUCAGACACACAGAUGAAAAACACUGAACCGAAAAUUAGUGCAAUGAAGUACAUCAAACAAUUAUACAACAACAGAAACUUUAGAUGGUUUAUUGCUAUGAAUUUAUUACAGGUGUUUCACUGUCAUUUCAACAGUAAUUUCUUUCCGUUGUUUAUGGACACAUUGGUUGGUGAUACAGUUCCUAACAGUAUUUGUACUCUUCUUAUUGGAAUGUCUUUUGUUGCACCACAUAUUAAUAAUAUAUAUUUUCUCCACUUGUGUGAGAAAUUUGGAGUUUAUAAUGUCGUCACGCUAUUAUUUUGGAUCAAACUUUUACUUGCUGUUGGGAUGGCAAUUCUAGGACCAAACCAUAUCUGGGCGACAUGUAUUUUUAUAGCAAGCAAUCGCAUUUUCACGGAAGGAACAUGCAAACUUCUGAAUCUUGUCGUCUCCGAUUUGGUUGAUGAAGAUUAUGUUCUUCAUGAUAGACCUCAUCCUGCUUCUGCUCUAUUGUUUGGAAUGUCUUCAUUACUAUCAAAACCUGGCCAAACAUUGGCACCUUUGUUCGGCACACUGCUCCUUUCGACUUACACAGGGAAAGACAUUUUCCACUCGGAUUCCAUUGAUGCUAUGGCUAUAGGAGUGAAGAAAUCUGCUGGUGUAGACAUUUCGGGAUCAUCAUUAUAUCGUGAUGCAUGUUUCAGUAUACUAGUAAUAGUUCCGAUUGUUUGCGCUUGUCUACAGUUACUAGCAUGGAGUCGAUUUUCUUUACGAGGAAACAGACUCCAACGUAUCAAAAAUUUGAGAAUAUGUAGAAAUUUAGAAUGUGUAUGUUGAUGGUUUUUAUAAGUUUGUUUAUGACACGAUGUUUUUCAUAUUUUUUGUUGUUGCAAGUUUUCAAUCCUAUUUUCUAGUUUUCUAUGCAGUUAGUAAACACAUAACAGUCACAACUACCGUUCCUUUUCACAUGACCAUAAUGUUGCAGUUUUGCCAUUUGCAAUGCUUUUUUGUUAAUUAUUGCAUAUUUGCUGCUUUUAAAAUAUUUAUAUAAAAGAAUUAGGUAUCACAUUAAUUCUGUACCUACCUUGAACCAAUACUGUCAUCCUAUGUGCUAUUAAUCCACAAAUAGGAACUGUCUGUGAUAUGUCCUAAAUAUUAUCCUUUUGCAGGACUGCUACAAUCAGCAGCGCGUUUUUAUCACUACUGCACUUAUGUUAAUUUGCUUUAAAAUAUUUUAGUUCAAUAAGAAGUUCUAUAGUACUUUGAAAACUGGUGUAGGCUAAAUGCAUAUGUCUUGAUAUAUAGAUGAGUGAUGGAGUUCCAUUAGAGUUGGGGAAACUUGAAUCAACUGUACCUUUUACUGAAACAUAACAAACUGCCAGAGACUUGACAUAUCAUUUUGCGCAAGCUAUUACCGUAAUUAUUUGAACACGGGCGGGCAAGGUUUUGGGACCUGGGGCCGAAAAUCCUGCCCAUCUGGCUGUGUAAGUGUGAACUAAAAGUUACAUUUUAUGAAUGAUAAUUAGUGUUACAAAAAUGGAAAAUAGCAAGCCUUUAUAGCCAAAACUAAAUUUUAUCGCAAUCUCAACAAAUUCCUUCAUCUAUUUCAAAAUUUGGUUUUAGUCUGAAUAUUGAAUAACCCAACAGGCCGAAGUUUGCCCAUGACAGUGUUAGCAUGUCGAUUAUUGUUAUAUUAAACAAUCUUAAACUCUAAAUAAAUGUGGGUUUGAGGAAAGAUUGCAUUUCAACCAUUCUUAUCUAUUUCACUCUUGUUCUAAAUGAACUUGACUUGAUUUUAAGUAAUAUACCGUAAUCAUCUGUAGUACGAACCAUUUUGAACUUCUUUUGAUUUUAUGUUGCAGUACAUUCAUACGAUUUUGAACUUCAUUUUUAUUGAAUGCUGAAUGACAAUCCUAACCUUAUUUAAAAUUUGUACUUAUUUUUUAAUUUCCUUUUUAUAUGUGCGUGUCUUAAAUAUAUAGAUAAUCUAUAUUUUACUAAACAUAUUUUCAGUUCGUUGUUUCUCUCACAAAAUGCAGUCAUCAGUGGCCCAAAGUGAGCCAAGUCCUAUUUCUAAUACACAUCUAAGAAAACAUUGU